AUGACAGAAGUGAAAGGAACUCCCAUCAUUAAAGGUUCACGAACAAUGCAAAUAACUGGUUUAUAUAAAGGACGGGCAAUUAUUAUAAAAGACUCUUACAGUGUUAUAAAUAAGAAGCUUAAACUAUUUCCUGCUAUGUUUAACUUACAAACAGGACCGAAAGAAGUAUUUCCAUACAACUACUACAGCAGUACUUUGUUAGCAAAUGACAACAGAACUGGUGUCAUUUCUGAAGCAUGUAAGUUUGUCAAGGAUGCAGAUACAUUUAUGAAGAACAUAGAUUCCAUCAAAGGUUGCAGAAUAGAUGAGAACCACUUCGACUUAGAAAAAUAUAGCACGUUUUACUGCAAACAAGAUGUAAGAAUUUUAAGAGAAGGUUUUGUAAAGUUCCGCAAUGACUUAUUGAAAGAGUUUGAUUUAAACGUUUAUGACUACGUUAGUAUUUGUUCAAUUGCUAACAAAUUAUUUGAGAACAGAGUGUACUUCCCGAAUGGAAAUCUUUAUGACCUCUCAAAUAAACCAAGAGAAUUUAUUUCGAGAUGCAUUCAAGGUGGAAGAUGUAUGUUGUCAGAUAACAUGAAACAAAAGAGCGAAAAGAAACUCAUUGCUGACUUCGACGCUGUUUCAUUAUAUCCAUCAGCUAUAGCAAGACUUUAUACUUUAGAAGGAAUUCCAAAAGUAUUGAAGGAUGAGAUGUUAAGCACAGAGUAUCUCAUGAGACAUUUAUUCGAUGACGACCAAAAGGAACCCAUUGGUGAAAAGUUUAUGUCUGGCUUCUUUGUUCUCAUUAAGAUAACAGAGAUUGGAAUACAUAGACACUUUCCUUUAAUAGUUUGUGACCCUGAACUAAAUCCAGAACUUAACGUUCCCAGAAGUUCAAACACUUGCUGUUUAAUGUAUGUUGACCAUAUAACAUUACAAGACCUCAUAAAAUAUCAAGGUGUCAAAUGUGAAGUGUUGCAAGGAUACUAUUACGAUGGAAACAGAGAUAUUA